CGCCGGGCUGGUCCCUGGACGCUGGAACGGAUAACCGGACGGUGGGAAGGACAACCGGACAGAUCCCCUCCUGGAAGGUGGAAGGGAUAAACGGAUAGUGGGAAGGACAGCCGGACAGACCUCCCUGGACGGUGGAAGGGAUAGCCGGACAGUGGGAGCGACAGCCGGACAGAAAGGUCUGGACUCCCGCAGCUAGUAUGACUACUUCAACCCUCCUCCUCCUCUUCGGCCUGGCAGUGCAGGCCCAGAUUGAAACCAAAAUUCGUAAUGGGACCGAUUGUCCCCGCAACUCUCAGCCAUGGCAAGUUGCCCUAUUCGAGGGGCUGAAUCUGCGCUGCGGGGGAGUCCUGAUCCAUCCGCGCUGGGUCCUGACCGCUGCUCACUGCACCCGCGGGAGGUACUGGGUACGUCUUGGGGAACACAACCUACGGACCCUGGACUGGACGGAGCAGAUCCGUUUGACUGACCGCUCCAUCACCCACCCUGCCUACGUGCAGGCCCCCGGCAGCCACGACAACGACAUCAAGCUGCUGAGGCUGGCCACCAGGGCUCGAAUCACCAAUAGCGUACGGCCCCUGGCGCUGCCCACCUCCUGCCCAGAGCCCGGCACCCACUGUAACGUCUCGGGCUGGGGCACCACCAACAGGCCCGGCGUUUCCUAUCCGGACCUGCUGCAAUGCAUCAACGUCCAAAUCACGCCAGAUAGCGAAUGCCACGCAGCAUUCCCGGGACGAAUCACGGAAAACAUGGUGUGUGCUGGAGGACAGGAGGGCCAGGAUGCCUGCCAGGGAGACUCGGGGGGACCCUUGGUCUGCGAUGGGGUGUUGAGGGGGCUGGUAUCCUGGGGGUCAGUUGGCCCCUGUGGUCAGCUCAGGAUCCCGGGGGUCUACACCAACGUCUGCAAGUACUUGGACUGGAUCCGGGAGACCAUAAGGAAGAACUGAGAAAUGACCCUUCCCCCUACCCCGCCUACACCCUCCCUCCA